AUGGCCAAGGGUAGUCGGGAAUCGGCUUUGACAAAGUCUAUACAGUCUGCGUUGACCCGUGACCCGGAUCGCUUCAAGAAGACUACCUUGGGGAAGGUGCUUGCUUUUUUCUCGGUGCGUAAAAUCAAAUUGAUACGAUACGAGAAAGAAACUUUUGGGCGACUGCGGUAUGAAGUCUGGGAAUUCGAUCAAGGUGAAUACCAAGCAAGCUUUCAUACAACGAGAGGACAGCCUCCGUUGAAGGCGAUGGGAGAUUUAGGUUAUUCGGGCUCGAGCUUACCACGCCAUUUCGAAUAUUCUUUCUUCGAAAAUGAUCUUCUGGAGCCUUAUGUCGAAUAUAUGUCUCAGCACCCAAAUUCAUUGUUGAUAUGGAUUACCGACUACAUAUUGGCGCCUUACGUCACGCUAGGCACACUAUUUGGUUGCACUCCAGCCCGUCACAUGGUCAUGGAAAACACCAUGUGCGGCCGAGAAGAUGAUCCAGCCGCCGACAAGUGGGAAAUUUACGACUUGAAACCAAUUGAUUACUUUUAUCCCGAACGCGAUUUGAUACCAGAGUCUUUAGUGAGCCAGGAAACACUCGAUAAGUUAGCAGAUAGCUUUAACGAUAAGCUUCAUCUAUGCCGUGCAGACUACGAAGCCUUCUGGGAAAUGAUCCAGGACGAUACUAAGUUUCUACAAGAUGCCAAUGUCGUUGAUUACUCUCUGCUUCUUAUACGAAUACCUUCAGCCUCAGAUGUUUCAGUUAAGGGGCGGAAGAGUCCUUGGCGACUAGGGCUGCCGUCCGCUGACGGAAAGUGGAAGUAUCGUGCAUCUGUACUGGACUUUUUCUGGGCUCGUCAUAAAUUCCAGCCUCUGGCACUUUCGGGUGUGGUACAAACAUUUAAUGUUGUUGGAAGACAGGGUCCUAUGACUAUCACAACGACUCCGAGCGAAUAUCGGGAGAAAUUCUUGGCCAUGGUUGAGGAGAUAAUCGAAGUGCAUUGA